AUGGUGGAACUACAGAACAUCGCUGACAAGGGUGAGAUCUUCAAAGCGGCCAGAGAUGAGAGGGAGAUUGCCCGAGACGCCAGAGUGGCGGCCGAGUCCUCACAGAAGCCAUGGGCGCCAAGAAGACGGCAGAACGGGGACGGAGUCGCGCUGCCCCCGGGCAGGGGCCCCGGGCCGGGGCCUGGCGGCGGGGUCCUCAGCGGUGGUUGGGGUGCCCAGAGUCAAGCACCGUAUGGGAGCGCGGGCUCUGUGAGCGGUGCGGAGCAGGUGCUGCUGCAUGAGGAAGGAGGUGAUUCUGGUUUUGUCAGUCUAGCUCGUUUGGGCCCCUCUCUGCGAGACAAGGACUUGGACAUGGAGGAGCUGCUGCUGCAGGAUGAGACCCUGCUGGGGACCAUGCAGAGCUACAUGGAUGCCUCCCUCAUCUCCCUCAUUGAGGAUUUUGGGAGCCUCGGGGAGGGCCGGCUGUCUCUGGAAGACCAGAACGAAGUGUCGCUGCUGACAGCUUUGACUGAAAUCUUGGACAAUGCCGAUUCCGAGAACCUGUCUCCGUUCGACAGCAUUCCCGACUCGGAGCUCCUUGUGUCACCUCGGGAAGGAGCCUCCCUGCACAAGCUACUUACUCUGUCUCGGUCACCCCCGGAUCACGACCUGAUUGCCUCAGGUGACCCUUUGAGGCCGACCACAGGCAGUAGCAGAGUCGAUAUGGCCCUUGCAGCAGAUUCUUGGGAUUUCCCCCCACCUUCUUUCUUGGAGACUUCUUCCCCCAAGCUUCCUAGCCGGAGGACCCCGAGGUCACGACCCCGCUGGGGGUCGUCCUCACCUCCUCCGCAGCGAAGUGAUGGAGAAGAGGAGGAGGAGGUAGCUGGCUUCAGUGCCCAGGUGCUUGCUGGGGAGUUCGACAACUCAGGGAGUCACAUCCUAGACUUCCCCAUGUACCUGGCCUGCCCCGAGGAGGAAGAGGAAGAUGCAGCAGCAGAGACGGCGGCACCAUCCGUCGGUGACGAGAGCAUCUCCUCCCUGAGUGAGCUGGUGCGGGCCAUGCACCCAUACUGCUUGCCCAACUUCACCCACAUGUCAUCGCUUGAGGACGAGCUUCUAGAGCAGCCCGAGGACCUGAUGCUGUCCGAGGAUUGUGUGGUGCUGGAGAUUGUGGGCCAUGCGGCUACUGCUGGCGAUGAUCCUACUAAAGGUGGACCUUUGGAUCUCCACCCCAAAGUGGUGGACGCGCCCCAAGCCGACCCUGAUCUUGCCCCUCUCUCCGUGAUUGGAUCUGCUCAAGCCAACCCUAUAGCAGUUGACUCUGUUGAAUCGGUUCCUACUGUCGUUGAACCCGUUGUAGCUGCACUAGUUGACCAAACCUCAGCCAGCUCCGAGCUGGUCACCGACCGUCUCUCGGCGCAUGAGUCAGUCUUGGCUGACGCAGCCACCACGGACCCUGCAGUGGUUGUUUCCAAUGCAGAUGAUCUGGCAUCGGUUGACCCUGCUCCCGAUGACCUUGCUCCUGUCAAACCUGUGUGUGUGAAGUCCAGGCCAACUGAUCUCAGGCGCCGUGCAGCAUCAGCAACCCCGGGGAGCGUGGAGUCGGAGUCCUCAGAUGACCCAAAAGCCACCUCUGACGUCAAGGAAGCAGUGGGACCCCUGAAAGUAGAAAGUGGUCCUAAUGCCACAACCCAGGAAGCCAGACCUCGGCCCCUCAGCCUGUCCGAGUAUUGGCGACGAAGGCAGCAACGCCAAGCAGAGACAGAAGAGAAGAGUGCCCAGCCACCAGCUGGGAAAUGGCCCAGCCUCCCAGAGACCCCCACAGGGCUGGCAGACAUCCCUUGUCUUGUCAUCCCACCAGCUCCAGCCAAGAAGACAGCUCUGCAGAGAACCACUGAAACUCUACUUGAGCCUCCUCCCGAGGCGGGUGCUGUGCCUGUGGGUCCCACCCCUGCUGCUUCCAGUCCUGAGCCAUCGUCAAGCAAACCUGUGGCCUCAACUCCCAUGGAGCAGGUGCCAUCCCAAGAGAUGCUACUGCCUCCAAGACCACCACCUCCUGUUGGCCCAAUGCCUCCCAUAAUGCCCACUCUGCCUUUUCCCCCAGCGGGGCUAGGCAUGCCUCCCAUGUUACCCCUUCCCCCAAGUGGGCAGGGGCUCCCUGGCCUGCCUCCACCACCUUUGCAGACUCCUAGUCUUCCGAUGUGUAGGGGGCCAGUGCCACCUGACCCUUACAGCCAUUAUGCUUCUGUGCUGCCUUGGCCUUGUUAUCCACCUGUGCCCCCUUCUAGAUAUCCCUGCCUGCCCCCACCACCACCGGGGCCUGUAGUGUCUGGUACUCCUGGCACCUAUGCUGUGCCCCCCACUUGCAAUGUGCCUUGGGUACCCCCUCCAGCCCCAGUCCCACCCUAUAGUUCCACCUGUUCUUAUGGACCUGUGGGAUGGGGCCCAAGCCCGCAGCCGCCUCCAUUCUGGCCUUCGGUGCCUCCGCCUCCUUUACCUCCAGCCUCUGUUGGGAGAGUUGCUCCCCCACCCCAAGUAGCUCCCAGUGACAUCCCAGCUGACCCUUCUGAAAAUGUACUUCCGGUGCCUGUGGCUCCGUCUGUCAGCCUUGGGCCCACUGGCAGGGGCGCCGCACCGAUAGAGCCCACCAAGCCAGUGCCUGUGUCUCCCCCACUGAAACACAAGGUGGCUUCCCCAGUGCAAAGUCCCCAGAGCCAGGCCCCACCCUGCCUAGCUGCUGAGGGGGCGGCUGUUGAGCUCGUGUCGGGGAGGCCAAAGCCUGAGACCCAGGAGACCAGGCAACAGGAGAAGCUCCCCUCUCUUGCUGCCAAGGCUGUGCCCAAACCAAGGCAGAGUGUUGGCACCAAGCUGCCUGCUCUUCACCCAGCCUGUCUAAGGAAGCUAUCCUUCCUGCCUGUCCAACGCACCCAGGGUCCCGAGGACGUGGUGCAGGCUUUCAUCAGUGAGAUUGGCAUUGAGGCGUCGGACUGCCUGUCCAGUCUGCUGGAGCAAUUUGAGAAAUCAGAAGCAGGUGACCCUUCCCAGGAAAAGAAGCCCCUGGACCGGUUACAGGCCCCAGAACUGGCCAACGUGGCAGGGCUCACCCCUCCAGCCACCCCUCCCCACCAGUUAUGGAAGCCCCUGGCUGCUGUUUCUCUGCUGGCCAAAGCCAAAUCUCCUAAGUCCAACACCCAGGAGGGAACCCUGAAGCCUGAAGGAGUCACAGAGGCCAAACAUCCAUCUACAGCCCGCCUCCAAGAAGAGGCCCCUGGCCAUAGUCCAGUCCACGUGGGCUCCGGGGAUCAUGACUAUUGUGUCCGGAGCAGGACCCCCCCAAAAAAGAUGCCUGCCUUAGUCAUUCCAGAGGUGGGCUCCCGAUGGAACGUCAAACGCCAUCAGGACAUCACCAUCAAGCCCGUGUUGUCCCUGGGCCCAGCUGUCCCCUUGGCCCUCCCCACAGCUGCCUCCCAGGAGCCACUUGAUCACAGGACUAGCAUUGAGCAGGCAGAUGCCCCAAAGGAGCGUGCAAUAGAAGAGAGAAGGGUGGUCUUUAUUGGGAAGAUCCCUGGCCACAUGACUCGGUCAGAGUUGAAACAGAGGUUCUCUGUUUUCGGAGAGAUUGAGGAGUGCACCAUCCACUUCCGUGUCCAGGGCGACAACUAUGGCUUCGUCACUUAUCGCUACGCUGAGGAGGCAAUUGCUGCUAUCGAGAGUGGGCACAAGCUGCGACAGGCAGAUGAACAACCUUUUGAUCUUUGCUUUGGGGGCCGCAGGCAGUUCUGCAAGAGGAGCUAUUCUGAUCUUGACUCCAACCGGGAAGACUUUGACCCUGCCCCUGUAAAGAGCAAAUUCCAGUCUCUUGACUUUGACACGUUGUUGAAACAGGCCCAGAAGAACCUCCGGAGGUAACCCUGGGCUCUCCUUGCCCCCUUUGGAGGUGCCCAAACUCCUCCACCCCCCUCCCCCACUCUAGGGGAGAGAGCUGCUAGUGAGGAGAUGACUGUUUUAUAAAGAAAUGAAAAAAAUGAAAUAAGAAAAGUAUAAAAUCAG